CCACCACCUCCGCCAUGUCGUCGCUCUGGAUCAUCAACAAGGCCGGCGGCCUCAUCUACCAGGCCGACUACUUCGUGCCCGCCGCCGCCGCCGCGGGCGCGCCGCCGCUGAGUGCCAACGAGGCCCUCAUCCUCGCCGGCACGCUGCACGGCAUCCACGCCAUCACCGCGCGCAUCAACCCCACGCGCGCACGCGGCGAGGGCCUCGAGUGCCUGCGCGGCGACGGCUUCGAGCUGCACGUGCGCAGCACGCUCACCGGCAUCAAGCUGCUGCUCCUCGCCGCGCCGACGCUGCCCAACGCGCCCGCGCUGCUGCAGCAGGCGUACGAGGCGUACGCGGACCUCGUGAUGAAGAAUCCGUUCUACUCGCCCGAGAUGCCCGUGCGCAUCCCGCGCUUCGACGAGCGCGUGCGCCAGAUCGUCGGCGGCAGCUAGACGACGCAUGCGCAGCGAAGGCCGGCCUGCGCACAGACAAGGGCUUUGCAUCGCCGGCGCCGCCAGCGCAUGACCAGCAGCAGAACGCCAGGCCGGGACCAUCCCCGCGCUGCUGCACCGGCCCGGCGCCUUCUGCCCGUACAGCGACGGCCCUGCCGUGCAGGCACAUCCCCCUGCCACGUCUAGCCAGCACGAGCAGCCGAGCCGCCUGCCCACCUCUGGCUGCCGGCACCGACAUCUG